CUCCGCUUCUCUUGCAGAACUUCGAAGUCCGAGGAACGGGAACUCGCUCCAUCCUCAAAAUCCACUCUGCCCAGCAAGCUGCGAAGCUCGAGCGGCCAAACCAAGAGCGACCCAAGAGAGAAUGGGCAGCAGACUGGGGCGACGGGUCGUCCACUUCGCGAACCUGCCCAUCAAGCUCCUGAUGCCGACCUCCUUCACCAACAUCACCGAGAUCGCGCUCAAGACCAUCCCGUCGGCAUCCAAGAUCGAGAUCAAGCGCGUCCUCGAGUCCCUCUACGGCUUCGAGGUCGACAAGGUCCGGACCCUCAACAUGGAGGGCAAGAAGAAGAAGCGGGGCGGGCUGCUGGUCGCGAAGCCCGACUACAAGAAGGCCUACGUCACGCUCCGGAGCCCGCUCUCGGUCUCCCCGGACCUGUUCCCGAUCCGGGUCGUCGAGGAGGACAGGCGGAGCGCGAACAAGAAGGGCGGGUCGAGCAUGGUCGAGGAAGGCGAGAGGAAGAGGCACUGGCUGGACGGGGAGGAACGGGAGAGGAGGAAGCGGGAGAAGGAGUUUGGGGAGAGGGUCAGAGGAGGGAAUGGUGCCAAGUUCCCUUGGAGUUUCAUGAAGUCUGGUAGGUAGAAGUGUUUUUUUUUUUUUUUGGGGGGUUGGGAUUUUCUUGGGAGUUUUUCCAGGUGUUGUGGUUAGUAGUGUAACCAUCAGUUUACAACAUAACUUGGUGGCAUUUGGUACUUAUAAUAAUCUCUUCUUCCAUUCAAUGAUAUAUUUUGAAUCAUUGUUGCCAA